GUUCUUUGAAUGGAAUGGUAUAAGAUAAUGUAAACAUGUGCAGCGAUAUCAUACUGCUAAACAUAUUAAGUACUUAAUCGAAUGGAUAAUAUAUUUUUAAUACUAUAAAACGCUAAUAUUUGCUUAAAAGAUGGGUGAAUCAGUAAUAAAGAAAGUCGAGAAAAUGGAUGAAGAAACUAUUUUAAAGGAAUUGUGUAUAUGCAAUGGAAUUUCACUUGAAAAUUUAGCCGAAGAAGCCAAUAAGGUUGAACUGUUGGAAAUGUUCUUUUCUGGUUUUCCAACUAUAGUAGGAUUAAGACAAUUUACAAAUUUGAGAACGUUAUGCCUUGUUUCACAAUCCAUUUCUGAAAUAAAAGGUCUAGACAAUCUUGUAUUUUUAACCGAAUUAUGGAUUGCCGAAGCCAAUAUAAAGCGAAUAGAAAAUCUAGACAAAAAUAUCAAUUUGGUAAAAUUAUAUUUAUAUAGUAAUGAAAUUGAACAAAUUGAAAAUCUAAGCCACUUAUCAAAUUUGGAAGUGUUAUGGUUGCAUAAAAAUAAAAUAACCAAUAUUGAGGGUUUGGAUAACUUGAAAAUGCUGAUGGAUUUAAACUUAGCAGAGAAUAGAAUAAGUAAAAUUGGAGAUAAAUUUAUGCAUUUAGAUCAUUUAAGAAUACUUGAAUUGUCUGGAAAUGCUAUUUAUAGCUUUAAAGAACUUACUGGCUUGUGUGAAGUGAAAAGUUUAAGGGAAUUAGGCCUCAGAACACCAACAUUCGCUCCAAGCCCAGUUGGUCAAUUAUGCAAUUACGCUACGCAUAUUCUUUUCCAUAUGCCAAAACUAGAAAGAUUAGAUGGUGAAAUAAUUCAGAAUAAAUCAUUGGAAUUAGCGGAGGCCACUGUCGAUAGAAAGAAAAUGUUUUAUAAUAUGAGAAUCCAAACUCAUUUAAGAAAUUUGGACGAAGAAAUAACAAGACUAGAUCACAUAAAAAGCCAACUAAUUAAUUUACCAAAUUCCAAACUAACUGCGUUAAACUACGUCGUUAGAGCUCACGAACUUCAAAUAGAUAAGAUAAACAUAAAAACUUCCGAGGAUAACGAAGAAGACCGGGUAAAAGCUAUAUCAAAUAAAAUUGAAGAUUUACAAUCUGAUUUUAAGCAAUGGGAAGAGAAAUUAAAUGAUAUCGAUUCCCAAUAUGCUGAGGUGCAUGAGAAUCGGGUAAUUAAGACGGAAGAAUCUUUAGAACGGGAGAAAAUCGAACUUGAAACUGGUGGUAAUGUUCGAUUUGAAUACGGUAACAAAGAUAGUGUUUGGCUAAAACACGUUGAAAAUCUUAUUCAAGCAAGAUUCUGUUUGAACGAUUAUAAUUCUAUUAACGUUAAAGGUGUGAAGGUUAAAAGUAUUAUAAGAGUUCAUAAUAGAAUAUUAAAUCAAUUAUAUGACGAUACUUUGAUGAAAAAGCUGGGAGAAGAAGAACAAAGUUCGUCCGCAACAAGAAAAUUAACUGAAUUUUUCUUUUACGUUUGGAAUCCUUCAGUAUGCUCUCAAGGCUUAAUACGGUUAGCUGAAGAUGGUAUUCCAGCCGAAAAUGAGAUUAUCCCAUUAGCUAAUUCUCUAUGGCUAGCCGAUGUUGAAAGAAUAAAGUCCUUAUUAAAAAAUUUAGGCAAAUGCCAUGAUCCUUGCCCAUUUAGAUUCGGUCAAGUCAUGCUGUGUAAAGUAUUUCUAGGACAAUCUGUGCAGCACUCAAACGGCGAAAAUAUAUCAAGAGAUGCGUUCAAGAGCGCUGAUUCCGUAUAUCAGCCUAGAACUGAAUGCUCUAACGCAAGCGUUUCACUUGCGGCAACUAACAAGAUUUUGAAUGCUCCAUCAUCAACUGCCUCUACUCCAAGAGUAACUUCAUGCGAAUGUACAUCCAGACAUGCCAAUUGGUUUUCAUUCGAAAGAAGAUUAGUCGUUCCAGAAUUUUUAAUUGAUUUCGAGUACGAAACAAUUUUACCUAAUCCUACCCCUUUCUCCGGCUGUACUGAAUCUUCAGUUUACUUAAGAUUAAACAAGGCCCUAAUAGAUAACUCUAAUUCAUCUGGACUAAAAUUAGACGAAGAGAUUAUCAAGAAUCUUCCGGAAGAUUAUGAGAGCCUACCAAAGUUAUCUGUGAUUACAGAGCGCGAUAUACGAGAUUUAACAGGAUACUCGGAUUUAUCAUUUUUAACUGUACUUAACUUGCACGGAUCAAAUUUAACCCGAUUAACUUCCUUCAAGAAUUGCGUAUCUUUGCGAAAGUUAAUACUCAGCUUUAACGACUUGUCCAGAAUUGACGAAGUUAACAACUUAAAUUUGGAAUAUCUGGACAUAAGCUUCAAUAGAAUAGGUACUCUAGAAGGUGUUAAAAAUUUGCAUCAAUUACUAACCUUGAACGCUUCUUGGAACCGACUACGUAAUAGCAGGGAAGAUAUAUCUAUAUUGCGCAAACACUGCGAGGGUCUAACUCAUUUGGAUUUAAGAUAUAAUCCGUGGCAAAAAGAGGAUACAGUAAGAUUUAGGGCGAUAGGUCGAUUGCGAAAUUUAAUCAUAUUGGAUGGAAGAGAAGUGAAAGAGGAUGAGAAAAAGUUAGCUUUUCAAGCAGCGGCAGCUUCGAGAAUUAAUCAACAAUUGCUUUUGAAAAAUGGACGAAUGGACGACUCUCUACCUAGAUCAUUAAGGUUGCAAAGUAUAUGCCAUAUAUUACACGACUUAGGAAGGUCUAUUGAAUCAAAUGGUGGAGACCAAUGGUUAAAUUGCAUAACAUCAUUGAAUCUUGAUGGUCAGCACAUCAGUAAAUUGUCAAAUUUAGAAAGGCUAGAAAGUCUUAAAUGGGCCAGCUUUAAUGACAAUGAUUUAACAAAGAUAGAAGGACUGGAAAAUUGUUAUUGUUUGGAGGAAUUAUGUCUAAACUAUAAUUGUUUGACAAAAUUGGAAAAUGUAUCUAAUUUAAAAAAUUUAAAACAUCUGGAGCUUAGUCACAAUUAUAUUCACUCUCUGGAAGGUACACAUGGACUAGUAUCUUUACAAUAUCUAGCGGCAGAUAAUAAUAUGCUAGCUAACCUUCAUGGUUUACAGAGAUUAGCAGAACUGAAGCAUUUGUAUCUGGGAUCAAAUAAAAUAGACUGUGGAAGAGAAUUAUUUAAAUUGAAGCCAUUGAAUAAUCUUACGGUAUUAGAUCUGUUGGGUAAUCCAAUAGUCAAGCUAGUUGAUAAUUAUAGACUGUUUAUUGUUUAUCAUUUGAAAAAUCUAAGAGCUCUUGAUGGAAAAGCAGUUGAAAUUAUUGAAGCUAAUGCGGCAAAAGAUGAAUUUGGCGGUAAAUUAACGCAAGAUAUUGUUGUUGAACGGUUAGGUCAUUCCAAUUUUGUGGAAUUGAAAGAGUUGGAAGUUGCCAAUUCAAAUUUUAAGCAAGUAGAUUUGGGAAAUGCAAAAACUUUUGUAAAUUUGAAAAGUAUUAACUUAGAGCAUAAUAACUUGACAAAUUUGGCAGGGCUGACUAAUUUGCCGAAUAUAAAAGUUAUAUGUUUAAACUAUAACAAAAUUGAAAGUGUUAUACCUGUCAGUAAACCCUCCAAGUUCCAAACAAAACUUGUACAUGAUAUAGAGGCAGAUGACAAACCAAUAUUACCUACACUCGAAGUGCUUCAUCUCGGCUAUAACGGAAUCAAAGAUUUAGCUUUAUUAGGUUUAAACAGGAUACCGUCAUUGAAAUCUGUUUUUCUGCAAGGCAAUGAAAUUUCCAAGGUAUGCGGUUUGGACAAUCUCACUGGUCUCAGAUCUCUUGUUCUAGAUAGAAAUAGAAUAAAAUCUCUAGCCGAGAAUUCGCUUGUGUCCCAAUGGAAACUCAAUGAAUUGCAUAUGGAUGAUAACCGCUUAAAAGAUUUAUCCAAUUUCGGCAAUUUACAACACCUACAACGAUUAUUCUUGGCUAAUAAUAGAAUAUCGGAGAUGGUAGAGCUUGACAAAUUAGAACCUUUAUUAAAUCUUGUAGAGAUUUCUUUAAUUAAUAAUCCUUGUGCACGAAGGCACUUACACAGACCAGCGCUGGUAUAUAGAGUUCCAUCACUUCAUGUCAUUGAUGGUUUAUCUAUUAAUGAUGAGGAAAGAGCUAAAGCAGAUAUUUAUUUUCUCGAUCAAGUCAACGCCAGCCCAAAUAAUAACCAAGUAUCAACUCAUGCAACAUUUGACGCAACACUUCCUGGCAUAGGAUCUUUCAAAAUGCACGUUCCCGUAAAGGUGACAAAUAUGCAAUUAACGACCACCCCUUCAUGGGGAGGACCCAUGCACUUGACACCAGCCGAAAGUAACGAAAGAAAGCGAAUGGUUCUAAAUCAGCAGCAACAAUACAUGUCAAAAAAUCCAAGGAAUCAAGUGCCUUUCGUUCCUCAUUACGAUCAAAAGUAAGUUUUUUACACAAAGAUACAAAAGAAAACUCUCUAAAUACUCAAAUUGAUUUCAUUUCAUUUUCAGCACUAAGCCAAAACGUUAAAGGCUGGAAGACAUUGUAUUUUUUUUUAAGUUUGUUCAACCAAUAACUCAAUUUCGAUUAAGAUGAAGAAAAAAUAUAGACAGCUUUUAUGCUCUUGUUAUUGUUUGUUUAUUUUUGUAUUUUUUUUAAAUUUUCCUUUUAAAGAUAAAAAU